CAACAAGUCAAACCAGUCCAGAACAGUAAUGACUCCUCCCUGGAUGUGAAGCUUUAUAAAUCAAGUCGUAGCUACAGAAAAGUGAAAUUUACAAGUCAACAUCAAGACCUAAGUCUCUCUGACAGGUUGUGCAGUGAUGUUUGGGUUGGCUGCGUUGUGUUUCCUGCUCCUGCAGACCGGAGCUUCUGGGUUUGGGUUAUCCAGUGGAGAAUCUCUGAGUCAUCAGGAGAUCACUAAGAGAGCAAUCUUAAAUACCACUGCGCAGACAUGUCGUGCUCUGGCCCUGGCUGAGGGCAAAGACUUCACUUUUCCUUCUCUGACUGUUGAGGCUGUUGCUGCUGCCUGUGAAGCGCCAUCCAAGAGCUUCCUCCAAACCAUCCAAUUGAUCCAAACAAAGAAUAAACGAGUAGACUCAACUCUUUUCGACCAAGCACAGUAUCACAUGGACGAUGAACAAAUUUUGGAGGGAAGAAAAAUCAUCACAGAUGGAUUGGCAGCUGUGAAAGCCAGCAACAGGGAACAGAACUUUGAGGCUGCCAGAGAAAUACUGGGACAAAUCUUACACCCUCUACAGGAUUUCUACAGUCAUAGCAACUGGGUGGAGAUGGGAAACAAACUCCCAAACUCCAAUCUGAUCAGAUCAGACACCAGCGUUGGCAACAUAGCAGCUGAAAGCAGAGCAACCUGUCGCGACUGUAAUGGAGACAACUGCACGAACAACAUUUUGGAGGAUAUUCUCAGGGAAAAUAUACUAACCACAGGAUACUUUAAUUUUGUGUCUAAACCGAGAGGAAAAUGCAACCAUGGAGGUUUUCUUGAUAGAACAAGUAACAUUGAACCUAUAGGAGGGAUCAAUAAAGACACUUUGACAUCCAGCCAUGGACACUUCCACAUGGAAGCUGCAAAUGUGGCAAUUGCUGCAACCAGUGAGCUCCUGGAGGACAUUCGAGGGGCUGCUGGUGACAAACCAUUCCUACAGAUGAUGGGAAUCUCCAAAGCAUCUGGUAAAGCUCUUUGUUUUGUGAUCGACACGACAGGAAGCAUGAGCGAUGACAUUGCAGCAGUGAGGACUGUCACUUCUGAUAUAAUCGACAGGAAAGUGGGAACACAAGACGAGCCCUCAGUUUACAUUCUUGUACCUUUCAAUGAUCCAGAUUUUGGGCCACUGACAAGGACAACAGACCCAGAAGUCUUCAGGAAUGCUAUUAAUUCACUAACAGCAACUGGUGGAGGAGAUUUUCCAGAAAUGAGUCUUUCAGGGCUUCAGCUGGCAUUAACUGGUGCUCCUCCCAGUUCUGAGAUCUUCCUCUUCACUGAUGCACCUGCUAAAGAUGUACACUUGAGAAACACAGUGCUCGCACUCAUCGGGCGAACCAACACGGUGGUAAACUUCAUGAUAACUGCCGUUCUGGGAUUUCGUCGUCGUAGACAGAGUGAUGAUAGCCUCCAACAACAACAACAACAACAACAACCAAAAAGUCGAAUGGUGAGAUCAGAUGCUCAGCUGUACAGAGACCUGGCUCAGGCUUCAGGAGGUCUGGCUAUCCAAGUCUCAAAGAGUGAGCUCCUUGAAGCCACCAGCAUCAUAACACAGACAUCCAGCUCCUCUCUGGUGACCCUUCUGCAGGCAGCCAGGAAUCCAGGAAAGGCUGAAAAUUUCACCUUCACCGUUGACGAGUCGGUGAAAAACCUCACAGUUUACAUCACUGGGAACUCUGUGACCUUUACUCUUAUCAGCCCCUCAGGUGUGUCUCAGGAAAGCACCGACACGACAGGAUCACUGAUCACUGCAUCCCAGUCAGUGGGAAACUUCAAGACUCUGCAGCUAAAACAACAAGUUGGACUGUGGGAAAUUCAAAUGGUGUCAACAAAUCCCUACAUUCUGAAGGUUGUAGGUGAAAGUCCCAUUGACUUCCUGUUUAACUUUUUGGAGGAAUCGCAGGGCCCGUUUGGAGGUUUUGAUGUCAUAGAAAAUCGUCCCAGAGCUGGUGUUAAUGGCAGCCUGAUGGUGACAGUGACCGGGAGUGAAUCCGCCACAGUGACAGAAGUCAUUCUGGUUGAAUCAUCGGGGUCGGGAGAGGUUAAUGGCAACGUGGAGGCUCAGGGUGGAGGAGACUUCUUGGCUCACUUUGACAGGAUACCAGCAGAGGAGUUUGUGGUGCUUGUGAAGGGGCAGAGCAACAAUGGUUCCCCCAGAAUGUCCUCAGCAAACUUUCAAAGGCAGUCCCCCACCAACAUCAGAGCGUCUGCUGUGACUGUUACUUCUCCUGAUUCAGACAGCGUCUUAGUUCCAGGAACACCACUUUCAGUUCCCUUCACUGUGAUGACAAGUGGUGCAGGAGGAACCUUCAGCAUCCAAGCUACCAAUGACCAAAGUUUUCCCUCGACUUUCCCGUCCAGUUUAAUGCUGGAAACUGACGGCAGUGCCAAUGGUACAGUGACCCUCACAGCACCUCUUAACACCGUGUCUGGUACUGUCGUCACCCUGACCAUUUCGGCCGAGGCUUCAGGAGGCACAGACACCAACUACGUCGUGCGGCGUCUUACUGUCCUUGAAAUGGUGACUGAUAUCACUAAGCCGGUGUGUGAGCUCCUCAGCCUGCAGUCCAACUGCUCUGAUAACUGCGUGUUAUCGAUGUGGGAGCUCUCUGUUCAGGUGACUGAUGGUGCUAAUGGGACGGGUGUCGACCGUAUUACCCUCAGACAAGGCAACGGGACCUUGAACACCAGCCUGGCUGCUGACAAUGAGAACAUAACCCUGGUUUCCUACAAUGCGUCUUGCUGUUCGCCUGAUGUGGAGCUGGAGGUUGUGGAUCGGGUGGGUAAUGUAGCCACAUGUUUCUACAGCGUCCGGACCCGUCCAACAGUAGCAGUUGUUGAGUCUUUGUCUACCAGAGCUGUUCAGUCUUUUCUUCUUUGCCUUAGCAUCACAGUCCUGGGGCUCAAAUUAACAUUUUAACUUGGGGUCAACUGAGUGCUUACAUGUUAGUGUGGGGGUGAGAUACAUUUAAAAAUGUGCUUUUG